AUGCAAUCCAACACGAUCAAGGGCAAGUACGAAGCUGCCAUCAACAAACUCACGUGGGACACCAAGUUUGUGUCGACGUACACACAGCGAUACAUCACCGACCCGUUCCUCCGCAUCAAUGGGAUCUCAGAGUACAUUACGUGGCCGCUGACGGAGCGCCAAGACGCUCAAAUCGCGUCUCUCUACAAAAACGACGUCAUUCCUGCCUCGGAUUUUCGCAUCAACAACCACGUGGGCUGGAACGCGUUUCUCGACGACGUGCUGGUCAACGUCCGCAAGGACUUUGACCAAGAACACGUGACCGCGACGCUCUCCCACCUUUGUUUUGAUGGGCGUGGCUCGCCCAGCGCACUCGCUCCGAGCGCAGCGGUGCCAAACACGCUCGGUGUUCUCAUCGUAUGGCUGCCGUCGCGGUACCUAGGCAGUCGCCUCGUCUUCCAAAGUGAUCGUCGCAGCGAGACGAUGGACGACACGCUGCUGCCCACGACGACCUUGCAGUGCUUGGCCACCUACUUGAGCACACAAGUGGUCUCGACACAGAUCAUGUGGGGUCGCCGCGUCGCGCUCGUCUACAACUUGGUGUGCACAAAGCCCGAGUGCGGGUUUCGGACGGCGCCAGAGACACAAGAGGCGGCGACCGCCGUGCUGAUGGAGAUUGCAAAAGAGCCGUUCCAGCGACACCCGCUCGUGUGUCGGUACAUUGCCAAGCCAUCAGGACUCUCGUUUGAGAAGCUAUCCGUGGAAGACGCAGCUCUCGCGGACGCCUUGCUCGCGACAGGAUGCUACGACGUUGCGCUGGCCACCGUCGAGCGCAGGGGUGACAUUGACCCGCUCGCAUGGGGUGUGUACAAAACAGAGGCAGAUGUGAUCGUCCGCUGCAUCACGCACCCGGACUGCUCGAUGCCACGAAUUGUCUGCUGGAAUCUCGUCGGCAUGCCCAUCGACUUGUGCCUGGAGCUGGUCUCGUAUACGCACGGCGAAGAGGCGCUGAUCUUUUGGCACAAGCGAUACCGCGCCUUGCUGGCCGACGCGGAUUGCGUGAUGUCGUCGGUGUACAACAUCAUCGUUGAAAAGAGAGAGCGAGUACCGCUUGAGAUCGACUCGACGCGGGAGUUUCUAUUGGGCGCCAUGUCGAUGUUCACGCACGAGGCGGCGAGUCGCCUCCGGUUUCACAUGAACGCCAUGGAGUUGAUGGGGUCGCUCCUCCUCAUCUAUGACAAAUGGGACCUCGUUCGCCUCUUUGUCGCCCACGUCGUGAGCGUCACGCCGACCACCCCGCUCCAUAAUAGCAUUGGACCCUUUCUGCGCAAGUGCGUGGUGCAGUACGGCUGGCCUCAUUGA